GUGUCGCGUGCGAAGUCCAACCGAGUGGCGCGCGCGCGCAGUUACGCUCUUGCUUCUUUUCUAGGGGACGGUAAAACCUCGCAGCCGCGUAUAAAUAAAGCAGGCGGGCGCAGCCGGCGGCGCCAGAUCGUGGGCCGCAGCGUAGCUCAGCGGAGAUAAGGCCGGGACUGCCUCACGCGUGAUGCCCGUGGCGUAGCCGGUGCACUCCAGCCGCCAGACAUGGACGCCAAGACCUACAAGAGCAAGCCCAACCCCAAGAAGGGCGCCAAUCCCUUCUCCAGGGCCGUUCUCUGGUGGCUUCGUAAGUUGAUAUGGAAGAGCUACAAGAAAGGAAUCACGGAAGACGACUUAUAUGAAAGGCUCGAAGAAGACUGUACACAGGAUCUAGGCGAUCGGCUGGAAAAAUCUUGGGAUAAGGAACUAACGAGGGCGAAGGAGAAAGGGAAGAAGCCAAACUUUGCAAGAGCGCUGUUCAGUGUGUUCUGGUUUAUGGGUUCCUGGGUUGGUGUCUUCAUGUUCAUAGAACAUGUUAUUGUAAGGACGAUGCAAUCCGUGCUACUGGCGAAGAUCAUAGAAUUCUUCAGCCCGGGCUCCGACACGACCAUCGAGGAGGCGUACGGGUACUCUGCGGGGCUGAUCGGCGCCGUCCUGGUGCGCAUCUUCUGCUGGCACCACUACUCCAAGGAGACGCAGUUCGUCGGCAUGCGCAUGAGGGUCGCCUGCUGCAGUCUCAUCUACCGCAAGGUGCUGCGUCUUAGCAGGCAGACUAUGGACAACACGGCAACUGGCUACAUCGUCAACCUCAUGACGAAUGACCUGAGUAGGUUCGACCGUGUCGUCAUGUGGGCGCACUUUCUGUGGGUGCCUUUCCUGCAGAUACCCAUCGUCAUGUACUGGCUGCACAGCUUCGUCGGCUGGUCCUCCUUCGUAGGGGUGGCCUCCGUCUUCCUCAUCACCUUACCGUCGCAACACAUAACCGGAAGGCUGUCGGCCAAGUACCGCAAGGAAGUGGCGAUCCGGACAGAUGAGAGGAUGAAACUGAUGAACGAGAUCGUGUCGGGCAUGCGUGUCAUCAAGAUGUACGGCUGGGAGAUGCCGUUUGCUAAGCUGGUCGCCCAGUCCAGGAAGUCAGAGAUCUCGCGAGUGUCCCGGACGUCAUACCUGCGCAACCUGGUUCUGGCCCUGGAGUUCCUGGUUGACCGCACGGCCCUCUUCACCACGCUGCUUGCCUACUGGCUGGCCGGCGGCGUGUCCACUGCUGCAGAGGUGUUUGCGAUGUCGCAGUUCUUCUACGGACUGAAUCUGAUUCUCGGAAUAGUCGUCCCCAUCGCGGUGAACUUUGUAGGAGAAACCCGGGUCUCUGUCAAUAGAAUACAGGAGUUCCUGCUGAAGCCGGAGGUGCGCGACGUGGUGCAAGACGACGGCCUGCAGCGUGGCGAGGUUUCUCUGUCGCGUGCGACCGCCUCCUGGGACGGCAGCCAUAGCUCGCUGUCCGCUGUGUCGCUGCGCAUCCUGCCGGGACAGCUGUGCGCUCUGGUCGGCGCCGUCGGCUCCGGCAAGAGUUCAGUGCUGCAGGCACUGCUGGGCGAGCUGCAGCCAUCGGAGGGCCGCGUGUCGUUGAACGGCCGCGUGGCGUACGCGAGCCAGGAGCCGUGGGUGUUCGCGGGCACCGUGCGCAACAACAUCCUGCUGGGCCGGCCCUACCAGCACGAGUGGUACCGCAAGGUGGUGCGCGCGUGCGCGCUCGAGAGGGACUUCCAGCUGCUGCCACGCGGAGACGGCACCGUCGUUGGGCAGAAGGGCGCUACCCUCAGCGGGGGGCAGCGUGCUCGCAUCAACCUCGCCAGGGCAGUAUAUGGAGACGCGGACAUUUACUUGCUGGACGACCCACUGUCCGCGGUGGACACACACGUGGGCAAGCACCUCUUCGAGCAGUGCGUGUGUUCUCUGCUAUCUAACAAGACGCGCAUCCUGGUCACUCACCAGAUUCAGCACCUGCACGCCGCCAGCAACAUCAUUGUCCUCAACGAGGGCAAUGUUGAAGACCAAGGAACUUUCAAGGAACUGACCGAAAGAAGCAAGAGCUUUUCGGUGCUGCUGUCAAGUGCAGACGAGGACGAAUCACCGGGAGAGUCGGGCACGCCUGAACUCCAGGAGUACGAAUUCCGGAGGCUGUCGAGGCUGUCCCUGUCUCUGUCCAAGCGAGCAUCAUCAGUCUCGACAAUGGAAGAAGACAUCCGCAGAAGUUCGCGGCUUUCAAUAUCACAGAAAAAUACAGAGCUCUUUAAAUUGGGCAUGCCGGGGUCGCCGUCGCCGCCGGACACGGACGACGAGGUGCUGGAGGAGGCGGUGGACUCCCGCGUGCUGUGGCGCUCCCUGUGGGGCUACGCGCGCUCGGCGGGCGGCUGCUGCCUGCUGCUCACCGUCGCAGCCGUCAUCGUCGCCACGCAGGCCGUCACCAGCCUCUGCGACUACUGGCUCUCCUACUGGACGGCGGCGGAGGAGCAGCGGAGCCUGGGCCACGGGGAGGAGGUGCCGUCGAGCACUUGGUUCGUGUCGGCGUACGGCGCCAUCGUGGCGUUCGUCAUCCUGCUGAGCACGGCGCGAGCGCUGGGCUUCGCCGCCAUGUGCAUGCGCGCCUCUCGCCGCCUGCACAACUGGAUGUUCGAGCGCGUGCUGCGGUCCCCCAUCCGCUUCUUCGACACCAACCCCGCCGGCCGCAUCCUGAACCGCUUCUCCAAGGACAUCGGCGCCAUCGACGAGCUGCUGCCUUUUCCAACGCUUGACAUGAUACAGAUAUUCCUCUGUAUGUUUGGAAUCAUCAUCCUGGUGCUCAUCUCUCAGUACAUUGUGAUAGUUCCUUUGGCAGUUGUGUCCGUUUUCUUCAUAUGGCUGUCUGUGAUGUUCAUAUCUACAGGACGGAACGUGAAGCAGUUGGAAGGAAUACGACGAAGCCCGGUGUUCUCGCAUCUGUCCGACACGCUGAACGGCCUAGCGACAGUGCGCUCUGCAAGAGUCCAGGAGAUGGUCAAGCACGAGUUCGACGCUCACCAGGACAGACACACGUCAGCGUGGUUCCUGUACGUGUGCUCUGGAACUGCACUGGGACUGUGGCUGGAUUUACUCAGCGUCGUUUACGUCACUCUUGUCACGUUCAGCUUCCUUGUCAUUAAUUCUGAUUCCGUGGCCGGGUCUAACGUGGGUCUGGCGGUGUCGCAGUCUCUGCUGCUGACGGGCAUGCUGCAGUACGGCGUGCUGCAGCUCAACGAGAUGGUCAGCCAGGCCACCUCCAUAGAGCGAGUGCUGGAGUACACGCGCCUGCCGCCAGAGCCCGCCCUCGAGUCGGAGGAAGGGAAGGAACCACCAAAGGAAUGGCCGUCCAAAGGCGAGAUAGUCUUCAAGGACGUCUCGCUGCGAUACGGCGAGAUCGCUCCACCUGUGCUCAAAGCAGUCAACUUCAUUAUUGCGCCAACACACAAGGUUGGCAUCGUGGGCCGCACGGGUGCCGGUAAGUCGUCGCUGAUCGCGGCGCUGUUCCGGCUAACGCCGGUGGAGGGCGCCGUGGUGAUCGACGGCAUCGACUCGUCGACCAUCGGGCUGCACGACCUGCGCCGCCGCAUCUCCAUCAUCCCACAGGAACCGGUGCUCUUCUCCGCCUCCAUGAGGUUCAACCUCGACCCCUUCCAGGAGUUCGAUGACGCUAAGCUGUGGGACGCGCUCGAGGAGGUGGAGCUGAAACAGGCGGUGGGCAGCCUGGACGCGCAGGUGACGGAGGGCGGCGGCAACCUGAGCGUGGGGCAGCGCCAGCUGGUGUGCCUGGCGAGGGCCAUCCUCAGGAACAACAAGGUGCUCGUCCUGGACGAGGCCACCGCCAACGUAGACACCGAGACGGACACGCUGAUCCAGAAGACGAUCCGCCGCAAGUUCAAGGAGUGCACCGUGCUGACGAUCGCCCACCGCCUCAACACCAUCAUGGACUCCGACCGCGUGCUCGUCAUGGACGCUGGACAGGUCGCGGAGUACGGGACGCCUCACGAGCUGCUGCAGCGGUCGGAAGGCAUCCUGACAGCGAUGGUGCGCCAGACUGGGCCCGCCAUGGAGCGCCAGUUGCGGGCAGUCGCCCAAGAGACGUACCUGAAAGAUCAGCCGGAAAUAGAAUCCGUGCGUUUGUGAAACCAAAGAAACUGAAUGUGUUGACGCAAAGAUAUUGGUCCUGCUUUGUGCCACGUGUGCUGCAUUUUCAAGCAGACAUCAGAAACUGUGUUAAAAAAUUGAAAACAAUGAACUGUUUCGCUGCUGCAUAUGUACAACAGUGCGUAGUGAAAAACCAGUCAAAGAAGAGUUCCUGCUGUGAUGAUAUUUAUAGUGUGUUCAGUGGAACCAACAAAUGUAUAUAUGAUACAAGCUUUUGUAGUAGUUCCUGUAAGUGUUCAUGAUUUUAUAAGAAAAAAAUACUGUGAAGAAAAUGACAAAUGUACUUUUUUAAAUAUUAACACAAAUAUUUCUUUCA